AUGUCUGCAGGGAGCAACCCAAACUCCAACGGUAUACAAGGCCCAAGGCUCAGCUGGGACGGCCUAGAGGUUGUCCACGUCCCUUAUCAAGACAGACAACCGUACCUGGAUGUCGAAUAUGGGAAGGAAGCGGUCGGGGUCAUGCCACUCGCAGACUCACUGGCAAUCGAAGCGGUCCGUUCCAAUUCACCAAGGACAUUUGCGCUGGAAGCGGUAGAGGCAGGGGAAACCUUCAAGGAAGGAAGACGUAAGAGAAGGAUUUGCGGGCUGAGUCCGGUGGUGUUCUGGUCUGUUUGCGCGCUGCUCGUGCUUGUGGUUAUUGGGGCUGCUGUUGGCGGAGGGGUGGGUGGUGCGCUUUCGAAGAACUCAGAUGAGAGUUCGGACGAGGCUGACACUUUGCACGCGACUGCGACAUCGACGUCGGACACGAAUCCGCUUGCUACCAGUUCCAAUUCCAGUGCCCGCGAGACUAUCACGCCUGAGGCCAGCGCAUCACCAUCACCGUCAACGUCCACGUCCAUGUCUACGACCUUGACGGCAUCAACGACCUCCUCAGCCCCCAUAACAUCCGGCACGGUUGGAGUCGCCCAAAACCCCUGCCCAGGCGCAAACUCGACCCUCGUCACCUCGUCCGUAGGCUCGAAUUUCAUUAUCCAGUGCAACAAUGACUGGCCAAGAGGAAUCGAGGCUGCAGAUGGCAGUGGAGACGUAUCUGAUCUCACACGUUGGACAGAGUACACGUUGGACGACUGCAUAGAUAGAUGUGUGCAGUAUAACAGCGACUUGGAGCCGCACAAGACGCGGUGCAAAGGCGUCACGUACGAGGCGAAUUUGACCUCAUCGUUUGGAGGCGGACAGGGAGGAAAUUGUUUUUUGAAGGAUAAGGCUGGAAAGUUGUUCCCAGGGAGUGAUACGACGAUGACGGCGGGUGUUGUUGCGGGCUAA